AUGUUCAGAACAUUAAGAACCAAACCAUUGAGAGGGUUGUUUCCUGCAGUCGCACUAACGUCAACUCUAGCAGCAGCAGCAGCGUCGUAUCACAUCUACAAUAGGAAUACAUUUUAUACAAAUGAUAUUAUUACUGAUUUUCGCAAUAAUGGAAUUUUCAACUUACCAUUUUCCAGUAAAAAGAUUCUAUUAGAUUCCAGCAUUGCAGCUAACGAGGUCAAAGUAGACGAUUCAAUUUCGCCAUUCCCUACACGUAUUCCCAAAUCAAGCAACGUUUCCCAGAAUUUUGCACUUUUGGGACACGGAGUUAGAUCAGUUACUUUUGUAAGUUUCAAAGUUUAUGGAAUUGCAAUAUAUAUUGCAGAAUCCGAUAUUCCUCAAGCUCGUGAGAUUCUUAGGUCUUAUGCGAAAGCACAUCCUUCUCCUCCUUCACCAGCACCAACACCAUCGGACACGGCAUCUUCUCUAGUUCAAUCAAGUUUAACUGAAUCCCUUGCAAACCCCGUGCAUUCAGAAGAAGUCGUAUCAUUGCUUUUAUCCCAUAAUAUCCGUUUCCUUCUUCGUUUGUCACCGGUGAGAAACACUGAUUUUAACCAUUUAAAAGAUGGAUUGAUUAAAAGUAUAUUAGCUCAUUCAACGAUUAAAGAGGCCUCUGAAGAGAAGAAACAAGAGUUGAGCAAGGGACUAGAUGAAUUAAGAGAUUGUUUUGGCAAGACUAGAGGGUCUGUUCCUAAGGACGAUUUGUUAGUAAUGGAACAAUUACAAAAUGGAGAAUUGGCGAUUGCUUACGUUGGACAUAAGAAAAAGAAAGACAAAGAUGGCAAUGAGGAGAAGGAGAAGGAUAAAAACAGCUUAAUUGUCAGGAAAAUGGGCAUUGUUCAUGAACCAUUAGUUGCAAGAACAUUAUUAUUGCUGUACCUUAGUGGGAAAAAACCACUUAGUGACUCUUUGAAAAAAAGUUGUAUGGAUGGAUUAGUUGAGAUUGGGGAAAAAUAA